AUGGCUCCCAUCCCAACCACCAUGAAGGCCGUGGAAAUCUCCAAAACCGGCGGCAUCGACGUCCUCGACUACAAGGACGUGCCGGUGCCCACCCCCAAAGAGGGCCAGGUCCUCGUCAGGAACGAAUUCGCAGGCGUAAACUUCAUCGACACCUACUUCCGCAGCGGCCUCUACAAGCUCAGCCUGCCCGCCGUCCUCGGCAACGAGGCCGCCGGCGAGGUCGUCUCCCACCACAAGGACGUGACGGGCUUCCCGCCCGGCACCAAAGUCGUCUACAUGGGCUCCCAGGCCUACGCGCAGUACACAGCCGUCCCGGCAUCCAGCGUCAUCGCCCUCCCGGCCGGUCUGACGACGGAGCAAGCCGCCGCCGUGUUCCUGCAAGGCCUCACGGCGUGGACCUUCAUCCGGGAAGCCGCCGACGUGCAGCCCGGCCAGUGGACGCUGGUGCACGCCGCCGCCGGCGGUGUCGGCCAGCUGCUCGUCCAGAUGCUCAAGAGCGUCGGCGCAAAGGUCAUUGCCGCCGCGAGCACGCAGGAGAAGCUGGACCUGGCCCGGACGCUCGGCGCCCAGUGGACAGUCAACUCCAACGACGACGUGGCCGCCAGGGUGGAGCAGAUCACGGGCGGGCACGGCGUGGACGCCAUCUUUGACGGCGUCGGCGCCGCCACGUUUGACGCCGACUUGCGCAUGAUCGCCUUGAAGGGGAACCUCGUGUCCUUUGGCAACGCGUCGGGCCCGGUUCCCGAUUUCAGCAUCCUUCGACUCGCGGACAAAAAUGUCAGGCUGGUGCGGCCAAAGGUCUACGGCUACGUCUCCGAGAGAAAGGACUUGGAGAAGUAUUCCGCCGAGCUGUUGGACAUGGUGGCCUCCGGCCAGGUCAAGAUUGCCAUUCAUGACGUUUACCCCUUGAAGGAAGCGGGGCGUGCUCACUCUGAUCUUGUGAGUCGAAAGACCAAGGGCAAGCUUCUCCUAAGUGUCGAGUGA